UCUGGGUAAGUCGUGAACUUUCGGAGAUUUGGAGCCGCCAGUCGCCCUGAAACCGUGUGACGCUGCGUACGAGGCGGUCUGUGUCGGAAUCGCUGCUCGGAACCGCACGGCUUUCAGUAGUUUUCAAUGAACGGGCUGGUCGCUCAAUUCAGCGGUAUUUCCGGUUGCUCAUUUAUGGAGUUUCUGAAGGGCAGCAGUGAUUAUUGCCAGGCACAGCACGGCCUCCUCGCUGACAAGUGAACUUGGGUCUCUUUCCUACCAUUCCAUUGGGAAACGACUUUAAACGGAAAAUUGGCAUCAACAAACUGGGAUUCCUCUGGAUACUGGAUUUAAAAAUUGGAUAAUUUGUGAGAAGAAGAGGGCAAUUGUUCUUUCAGUGACCUUGUCUGGAUGGGGUAAAUCUACUGGUGUUUUGUGCACUUGGAUGCUUUAAGUAGCACCAUUGCACAAGGACACCAACUUUAUAUCCUGCGUUCUAUAUCCAGCUGUCAGUGGAGGUUUAAAAGCACAAGUACCAACGGUGAAAUCAAACACAGUUCUGCUUCGUCUCCCCAUUUUUGAAACUUGAAUUAAGUAUUGCAGCCACAAUGAACCGCCCAGCCCCAGUAGAAAUACGCUCCGAGAGUAUGAGAUUUCUCAUCACACACAACCCAACUGAUGCUACUCUCAACAAGUUCACAGAGGAGCUCAAGAAGUAUGGUGUUACCACGCUGGUUCGAGUUUGUGAAGCAACCUAUGACAAAGCUCCUGUUGAAAAAGAAGGCAUCAGGGUUUUGGAUUGGCCUUUCGAUGAUGGUGCUCCACCUCCUACCCAGAUUGUGGAUGAUUGGUUAAAUCUGUUGAGAGAGAGAUUUCAUAAUGAUCCUGGAUGCUGCAUUGCUGUGCACUGUGUGGCAGGACUGGGACGAGCUCCAGUUCUUGUUGCACUAGCGUUGAUUGAAUCAGGAAUGAAGUAUGAAGAUGCAGUUCAAUUUAUCCGGCAGAAAAGACGUGGAGCUUUUAAUUCAAAGCAACUACUUUACCUCGAGAAAUAUCGGCCAAAAUUACGUUUGCGCUUCAGGGCGCCUAAUAGUACCAGCUGCUGCAUCCAGUAGCAUUCUAAGACCAGACUGUAGACAUCCUGGUGACACGAACACACAAUUGAGAUGUAUCCACGCUGUGGUGAAGUCAAGAUCGUCAAUCUUGGAGUGAAUUUUUUAAAAAAGAAAUCUGUCUUUUGUGGUGAAGGAAUUGUGUAUGUUUCAUAUUAUGAUUGAUCUUAUCAGGGAGGUUCAAGGAGUCUAUAGAAAGGAAUCCGUUACCUCUGUGAACAGGAGGUUAAGAUUAUGUCUGUGCAAAGCCCCGCACUCUGUCACCUCACUUUGUAAACCUCACUUGUAUUGCACAAUAACUUGAUGAGGAUAUGGUUUGAUGCAAUAGUUUAUCCUUCUGAUUGCUACAGGUAGGCAAAAUAAAGGUGGAAUCUGGCACUGUAA